UGCUAGGUCAUUCUUCAGAGCCACUGGGAGCAGCUGCAGCAGACAAUGAGAUGGCAAGACGAAGGUUUAAGAAGUUCAGCACCCUGGAGCUUGUGCUCAUUGUUCUGCUGCUUAUACUGUUCAUCAUCGCGGUGGUUCUAAUUGUGCUCUUAGCCAACUCCACGGAACCAAAUGCUGUGGACGCUGAAACAACUGGCACUCCAGACACGACACUCACCAGGACCACUCUUAACUUUCCCGAAUGCCCAGUGCUAAGUGAGGCGCAACGGAUAAAUUGCAUCCCUGACCAGUCAUCUAAUAAGGAUACAUGUGACCAGCGUGGCUGCUGCUGGGAUCCUCAGGGAUCCAUCAGUGUUCCUUGCUACUUUUCCAGAAAUCAUGGCUACAAAAUGGAGAGUGACCUUGCAAAUACAACUGCAGGAUUCACAGCUGCACUGAAAAACUUAGCUUCUGCUCCUGUGUUUGGAAAUGGCAUCGAAAACAUCCUGCUUACAGCAGAGUACCAGACAUCGAACCGCUUCCAUUUUAAGUUGACUGACCAAACCAAGGAGAGGUAUGAGGUGCCCCACGAGCAUGUGAAACCCUUCAGUGGAAAUGCUGCUUCUUCCUUGAACUACAAUGUUGAGGUCUUCAAGGAGCCAUUUAGCAUCAAAGUCACCAGAAAAAGCAAUAACCGUGUGCUGUUUGACUCAAGUAUUGGGCCCCUCCUCUUCUCUGACCAGUUCCUGCAGCUCUCCACCCACCUGCCAAGUGCUAAUGUGUAUGGUCUGGGUGAGCAUGUGCACCAGCAGUACCGGCAUGAUAUGAAUUGGAAGACCUGGCCUAUGUUUGCCAGAGAUACAACCCCGAAUGAGGAAGGGAAUAACUUGUAUGGUGUGCAGACGUUCUUCCUGUGCCUUGAGGAUAAUAGUGGAUUGUCCUUUGGGGUGUUCCUGAUGAACAGCAAUGCCAUGGAGGUUACCCUUCAGCCUACCCCAGCAAUCACAUACCGCAUCACUGGAGGAAUUCUGGACUUCUAUGUGUUUUUGGGGAACACACCUGAGCAAGUUGUUCAAGAAUAUCUAGAGCUCAUUGGACGGCCAACUCUGCCUUCCUACUGGACACUUGGGUUUCAGCUCAGCCGGUAUGAUUAUGGAAGCCUAGAUAAAAUGAAAAUAGUUGUGGAGAGAAACCGUGCAGCACAACUCCCUUACGAUGUUCAGCAUGCUGACAUUGAUUAUAUGGAUCAGAGAAAGGACUUCACUUAUGACCCCGUGAACUUUAAAGGCUUCCCAGAGUUUGUCAAGGAGCUACACAAUAAUGGACAGAAGCUUGUUAUCAUUUUGGAUCCAGCCAUUUCCAACAACUCUCUCUCAAGUAAUCCCUAUGGCCCAUAUGAUAGGGGUUCAACAAUGAAAGUCUGGGUGAAUAGUUCUGAUGGCAAUGCACUCAUUGGAGAGGUCUGGCCUGGAACAACUGUGUUUCCUGAUUACACCAGUCCCAACUGUACUGUUUGGUGGAAAAAAGAAAUUGAGCUUUUUCACAAUGAAGUGGAGUUUGAUGGAAUUUGGAUUGAUAUGAAUGAAGUCUCCAACUUUGUUGAUGGUUCAGUUUCUGGAUGUUCCCAAAACAACUUGAAUUAUCCCCCAUUCACCCCAAAGGUCCUGGAUGGGAACUUGUUCUCUAAGACUCUCUGCAUGGAUGCAGUUCAGCACUGGGGAAAGCAGUAUGAUGUCCACAAUCUGUACGGCUAUUCCAUGGCCAUUGCCACUGAAGAAGCCGUGAAGACCGUGUUCCCAGACAAGAGAAGCUUCAUUCUAACACGUUCUACCUUUGCCGGUUCUGGCAAAUUUGCAGCCCACUGGUUAGGAGAUAACACUGCCACCUGGAAGGACCUUCAGUGGUCCAUCCCAGGCAUGCUUGAGUUCAACCUUUUCGGUAUCCCAAUGGUAGGGGCCGAUAUAUGUGGCUUUGCCAUGAACACAUAUGAGGAGCUGUGCAGGCGCUGGAUGCAGCUGGGGGCAUUUUAUCCAUUUUCCCGGAAUCACAAUGGCCAAGGUUACAAGGACCAGGAUCCUGCUUCUUUCGGAGAAGACUCCUUGCUGUUGAAUUCAUCUAGGCACUACCUUAACAUCCGCUACACGCUGCUGCCUUAUCUCUACACUCUUUUCUACAGAGCACACAGCCGGGGAGACACUGUAGCUAGGCCUCUUCUGCAUGAGUUCUAUGAAGACAGCAAUACUUGGGACAUAGACAGACAAUUUCUGUGGGGACCAGGUCUCCUCAUCACUCCUGUCCUGGAUCAGGGUGCAGAGAAAGUGAAAGCGUAUGUGCCGGAUGCCACCUGGUAUGACUAUGAGACCGGAGAGCAAUUGGCAUGGAGAAAGCAAAGCGUUGAGAUGGAACUUCCUGAAGACAAGAUUGGACUUCACCUUCGAGGGGGCUACAUCUUCCCCACACAGCAGCCAGCCACAACCACAGAAGCCAGUCGGAAGAAUCCUCUUGGUCUUAUCAUUGCCCUGGAUAAGAACAAGGAAGCAAAAGGAGAGCUGUUCUGGGAUGAUGGGCAGACAAAGGACACUGUGGCCAAAAACCUUUACCUUUUCACCGAAUUCUCCGCCACUCAAAACCGUUUGGAUGUAACAAUUUCAAGUCCAAACUACAAGGAUCCCAAUAACUUAGAAUUCCAGGAAAUUAAAAUCUUUGGGACACAGGAAUUCCGCAAUGUUAAAGUGAAACAGAAUGGGGUUCUCCUUCAAAUGUCUCCUCAAGUCAAUUACAAUUCAAACCUGAAGGUUGCUACCAUCACAAAUAUCCAUCUCAAGCUGGGAGAAGCAUAUACAGUCGAGUGGGACAUCUUCACAAGGGAUGAGGAAAAGAUAGAUUGUUAUCCAGAUGAGCAUGGUGUUUCUGAGGCAAACUGCACUGCCCGUGGCUGCAUCUGGGAGGUUUCCAACACUCCUGGGGUCCCUCAUUGCUACUUUGCUAAUGAGCUGUACUCAGUCAGCAAUAUUCAGUAUGACUCCCAUGGGGCCACAGCUGACAUUUCCUUGAAGGUUUCUACUUAUAGCAAUGCCUUCCCCUCUACACCCGUGAAUCAACUGCAACUGAAAGUGACCUACCACAAGGACCAAAUGCUGCAGUUUAAGAUCUAUGAUCCCAACCACAGUCGUUAUGAAGUUCCAGUCCCUCUGAACAUCCCCAGUGCUCCAUCGAGUACCCCUGAAGGCCGUCUGUAUGAUGUCUUCAUCAAGGAGAAUCCAUUUGGGAUUCAAAUUCGCCGAAAGAGUACAGGCACUGUAAUCUGGGACUCUCAGCUCCUUGGCUUCACCUUCAAUGACAUGUUCAUCCGCAUCUCCACCCGUCUGCCCUCCACAUACAUCUAUGGCUUUGGGGAAACUGAGCACACAACCUUCAAGAUAGACAUGAACUGGCAUACAUGGGGCAUGUUUUCCAGGGAUGAGCCCCCAGGGUACAAAAAGAAUUCCUAUGGUGUCCACCCUUACUACAUGGGGCUGGAGGAGGAUGGCAAUGCCCAUGGAGUCCUCUUGAUGAACAGCAAUGCCAUGGAUGUAACCUUCCAGCCCAUGCCUGCCCUGACAUACCGAACCAUAGGGGGCAUUCUGGACUUUUAUGUGUUCUUGGGCCCAACUCCAGAGAUUGUUACUCAACAAUACACAGAGUUGAUUGGUCGGCCUGUGAUGGUACCUUAUUGGUCCCUGGGAUUCCAGCUGUGUCGCUAUGGAUAUGAGAAUGAUACUGAGAUUGCCAACCUGUAUGAUGAGAUGGUGGCUAAGCAGAUCCCCUAUGAUGUGCAGUACUCAGACAUUGACUACAUGGAGAGGCAGCUGGACUUCAAGCUCAGCCCUAAGUUCUCUGGGUUUCCAGACCUGAUCAAUCGCAUGAAGGACAAUGGAAUGCGGGUCAUCCUCAUUCUGGACCCAGCUAUUUCUGGCAAUGAGACAGAGCCCUAUCCUGCCUUCACCAGGGGAGUGGAGAAUGACGUCUUCAUCAGCUAUCCCAAUAAUGGAGGCAUUGUCUGGGGAAAGGUCUGGCCUGAUUACCCUAAUAUCACUGUGGACCCAUCUCUAGACUGGGACAGUCAAGUGCAGCAAUACCGAGCUUAUGUGGCCUUCCCUGACUUUUUCCGUGAUUCAACUGCCCUCUGGUGGAAGAAUGAGAUUAAAGAACUCCACAGCAACUCACAGGAUCCUGCAAAGAGCUUGAAGUUUGAUGGCUUGUGGAUUGACAUGAAUGAACCUUCCAGCUUUGUGAAUGGGGCAGUUCCUUCCGGCUGCACUGACACUACUCUGAACCGUCCUCCCUACAUGCCAUAUUUGGAAGGCCGAGACAGGGGCCUGAGCAGCAAGACCCUGUGCAUGGAGAGCGAGCACAUCCUUCCAGAUGGCUCCCGGUUGCGGCACUAUGAUGUACACAGCCUGUAUGGGUGGUCUCAGACCAGACCCACCUAUGAAGCAAUGCAGGAAGUGACAGGAGAGAGAGGGAUCGUCAUCACCCGCUCCACAUUCCCCUCUUCUGGACGCUGGGGAGGACACUGGCUGGGAGACAACACAGCUGCCUGGGACCAGCUGGGGAAAUCCAUCAUUGGCAUGAUGGAUUUCAGCCUCUUUGGCAUAUCCUAUACUGGGUCAGACAUCUGUGGGUUCUUUCAAGAUGCCGAAUAUGAGAUGUGUGUUCGCUGGAUGCAGCUGGGCGCCUUUUACCCCUUCUCCAGGAACCACAACACCAUCGGGACCAAGAGACAAGACCCUGUAUCCUGGAAUAAAACUUUUGAGGACAUUUCCAGAAGUGUGCUGGAGACCAGAUACACCCUGUUGCCAUAUCUCUACACCUUGAUGUACAAAGCCCACAAGGACGGCAGCACAGUUGUGCGGCCUCUUCUCCAUGAGUUUCUGGCAGACCGGGAGACCUGGAACGUAGACAAACAGUUCCUGCUGGGUCCAGCCUUCCUAGUCAGCCCUGUGUUGGAACGUAAUGCCAGAAAUGUCACUGCAUAUUUCCCUAAAGCCCAGUGGUAUGAUUAUUACACGGGUGCAGAUAUUAAUUCAACAGGAGAGUGGAGGACCUUGCCAGCCCCUCUUGAGCACAUUAAUCUUCAUGUCCGAGGGGGUUACAUCUUGCCAUGGCAACAACCUGCCCUGAACACCAACUUAAGUCGGAAGAAACCUCUUGGUCUCCUCAUUGCUCUGGAUGAGAAUAAAGAAGCAAGAGGAGAGCUGUUCUGGGAUGAUGGGCAGUCAAAGGACACUGUGGCCAAAAACAUUUACCUUUUCAGCGAAUUUUCUGUUACCCAAAACCGUUUGGAUGUGACAAUUUCAAGUCCAAACUACAAGGAUCCCAAUAACUUGGAAUUCCAGGAAAUUAAAAUCUUUGGGACACAGAAAAUCCUUAAUGUUAAAGUGAAACAGAAUGGGGUUCUCCUUCAAAUGUCUCCUCAAGUCAAUUAUAAUUCAAACCUGAAGGUUGCUACCAUCACAAAUAUCCAUCUCGUGCUGGGAGAAGCAUAUACAGUUGAGUGGGACAUCUACUCAAAGGACGUAGAAAGGAUAGAUUGCUAUCCAGAUGAGCAUGGUGUUUCUGAGGCAAACUGCACUGCCCGUGGCUGCAUUUGGGAGGUUUCCAACACUCCUGGGGUCCCUCAUUGCUACUUUGCUAAUGAGCUGUACUCAGUCAGCAAUAUUCAGUAUGACUCCCAUGGGGCCACAGCUGACAUUUCCUUGAAGGCUUCACCUUAUAGCAAUGCCUUCCCCUCUACACCCGUGAAUCAACUGCAACUGAAAGUCACCUACCACAAGGACCAAAUGCUGCAGUUUAAGAUCUAUGAUCCCAACCACAGUCGGUAUGAAGUCCCAGUCCCUCUGAACAUCCCUAGGACUCCAUCCAGUACUCUUGACGACCGUCUGUAUGAGGUCCUCAUCAAGGAGAAUCCAUUUGGGAUUCAAAUUCGCCGAAAGAGUACAGGCACUGUAAUCUGGGACUCUCAGCUCCUUGGCUUCACCUUCAAUGACAUGUUCAUCCGCAUCUCCACCCGCCUGCCCUCCACAUACAUCUAUGGCUUUGGGGAAACUGAGCACACAACCUUCAAGAUAGACAUGAAUUGGCAUACAUGGGGCAUGUUUUCCAGGGAUGAACCUCCAGGGUACAAGAAGAAUUCCUAUGGUGUCCACCCUUACUACAUGGGGCUGGAGGAGGACGGCAAUGCCCAUGGAAUCCUCCUGUUGAACAGCAAUGCCAUGGAUGUGACCUUCCAGCCUAUGCCUGCCCUGACAUACCGAACCACAGGGGGCAUUCUAGACUUCUAUGUGUUCUUGGGCCCAACUCCAGAGAUUGUUACUCAGCAGUAUACAGAGUUGAUUGGUCGGCCUGUGAUGGUACCUUACUGGUCCCUGGGAUUCCAGCUGUGUCGCUAUGGAUAUGAGAAUGAUGCUGAGAUUGCCAACUUGUAUGAUGAGAUGGUGGCUAAGCAGAUCCCCUAUGAUGUGCAGUACUCAGACAUUGACUACAUGGAGAGGCAGCUGGACUUCAAGCUCAACCCUAAGUUCUCUGGGUUUCCAGACCUGAUCAAUCGCAUGAGGGGCAAUGGGAUGCGGGUCAUCCUCAUUCUGGACCCAGCCAUUUCUGGCAAUGAGACAGAGCCCUAUCCUGCCUUCACCAGGGGAGUGGAGAAUGACGUCUUCAUCAGAUAUCCCAAUAAUGGAGACAUUGUCUGGGGAAAGGUCUGGCCUGAUUACCCUAAUAUUGUUGUGAACUCCUCUCUGGACUGGGACAGUCAAGUGGAGCAAUACCGAGCCUAUGUGGCCUUCCCUGACUUUUUCCGGAAUUCAACUGCCCUCUGGUGGAAGAAGGAGAUUGAAGAACUCCACAGCAACUCACAGGAUCCUGCAAAGAGCUUGAAGUUUGAUGGCCUGUGGAUUGAUAUGAAUGAACCUUCCAGCUUUGUGAAUGGGGCAGUUCCUUCCGGCUGCAGUGACGCUACUCUGAACCGUCCUCCCUACAUGCCAUAUUUGGAAGCCAGGGAUAGGGGCCUGAGCAGCAAGACCCUGUGCAUGGAGAGUGAGCACAUCCUUCCAGAUGGCUCCCGGGUGCGGCACUAUGAUGUACACAGCCUGUAUGGGUGGUCCCAGACCAGACCCACCUACGAAGCAGUGCAGGAGGUGACAGGAGAGAGAGGGAUUGUCAUCACCCGCUCCACAUUCCCCUCUUCUGGACGCUGGGGAGGACACUGGCUGGGAGACAACACAGCUGCCUGGGACCAGCUGGGGAAAUCCAUCAUUGGCAUGAUGGAUUUCAGCCUCUUUGGCAUAUCCUAUACUGGGUCAGACAUCUGUGGGUUCUUUCAAGAUGCCGAAUAUGAGAUGUGUGUUCGCUGGAUGCAACUGGGCGCCUUUUACCCCUUCUCCAGGAACCACAACACCAUCGGGACCAGGAGACAAGACCCAGUAUCCUGGAAUAAAACCUUUGAGGAUAUUUCCAGAAGCGUGCUGGAGACCAGAUACACCCUGUUGCCAUAUCUCUACACCUUGAUGUACAAGGCCCACACAGAGGGCAGCACAGUCGUGCGGCCUCUUCUCCAUGAAUUUGUGUCAGACCGGGAGACCUGGAGUAUAGACAAACAGUUCCUGCUGGGCCCAGCUUUCCUAGUCAGCCCUGUGCUAGAACCUGAUGCCCGAAACAUCAGAUCAUAUUUCCCCAGAGCCCUCUGGUAUGACUACUACACGGGUGAAAAUAUCAAUUCAACAGGAGAGUGGAGGACCUUACCAGCCCCUCUUGAGCAUAUCAAUCUUCAUGUGCGUGGGGGCUACAUCCUGCCCUGGCAACGACCUGCCCUGAACACUCACUUAAGUCGGAAGAAUCCUCUUGGUCUUAUCAUUGCUCUGGAUGAGAACAAAGAAGCAAGGGGAGAGCUAUUCUGGGAUGAUGGGCAGUCGAAGGAUCUCACAACCAAUAACAUUCUGUGUAAAUUUUCAGUCACUCAAAACCGCUUGGAUGUGAGCACUUCAAAAUCAACCUACACGGACCCUGAUAACUUAGCUUUUCAGGAGAUUAAAAUUUUUGGAACACAGGCACUUUACAAUGUUACAGUGAAACACAAUGGCAUGGUAAAUCAGAUGUCUCCUCAAGUCAGUUAUGAUCCAAACAUGAAGGUUGCAGUUAUUACAGGCAUCCAACUUCUCCUGAAUGAAUCCUAUACAGUGGAGUGGGAUGACAGCAUACGGGAUGAAGAAAAGAUAGAUUGUUAUCCAGAUCAACAUGGGGUUUCUGAAGCAAACUGCACUGCCCGAGGCUGUGUCUGGGAGGUUUCCAACUCUCCUGGGGUCCCCUUUUGCUACUUUGUCAAUGAGCUGUACUCAGUCAGCAAUGUUCAAUAUGACUCCCAUGGGGCUUCAGCCAACAUCUCCUUGAAGGCUUCACCUUAUAGCAAUGCCUUCCCUUCUACACCCGUGAAUGAACUGCAGCUGAAAGUGACCUACCACAAGGACGAAAUGCUUCAGUUUAAGAUCUAUGAUCCAAACCACAGUCGGUAUGAAGUCCCAGUCCCUCUGAACAUCCCCAGCUCUCCAUCCAGUACCCCUAACAACCGCUCGUAUGAUGUGUUCAUCAAGGAGAACCCAUUUGGGAUUGAAAUUCGUCGGAAGGGUACAGGCUCUGUCAUCUGGGACUCUCAGCUCCUUGGCUUCACCUUCAAUGACAUGUUCAUCCGCAUCUCCACCCGCCUGCCCUCCACAUACAUCUAUGGCUUUGGGGAAACUGAGCACACAACUUUCAAGAUAGACAUGAACUGGCAAACAUGGGGCAUGUUUUCCAGGGAUGAGCCCCCAGGGUACAAGAAGAAUUCCUAUGGUGUCCACCCUUACUACAUGGGGCUGGAGGAGGAUGGCAAUGCCCAUGGAAUCUUCCUGAUGAACAGCAAUGCCAUGGACGUGACAUUCCAGCCCAUGCCUGCUCUGACAUACCGCACCACAGGGGGAGUUCUGGAUUUUUUUGUUUUUUUGGGGCCAACUCCUGAGCUUGUCACUCAGCAAUACACAGAGUUGAUUGGUCGGCCUGUGAUGGUACCAUACUGGUCCCUGGGAUUCCAGCUGUGUCGCUAUGGAUAUGAGAAUGAUACUGAGAUCGCCAACCUGUAUGAUGAGAUGGUGGCUAAGAAGAUCCCCUAUGAUGUGCAGUACUCAGACAUUGACUACAUGGAGAGGCAGCUGGACUUCAAGCUCAACCCUAAGUUCUCUGGGUUUCCAGACCUGAUCAAUCGCAUGAAGGACAAUGGAAUGCGGGUCAUCCUCAUUCUGGACCCAGCUAUUUCUGGCAAUGAGACAGAGCCCUACCCUGCCUUCACCAAGGGAGUGGAGAAUGACGUCUUCAUCAGAUAUCCCAAUAAUGGAGACAUUGUCUGGGGAAAGGUCUGGCCUGAUUACCCUAAUAUCACUGUGGACCCAUCUCUAGACUGGGACAGUCAAGUGGAGCAAUACCGAGCUUAUGUGGCCUUUCCAGACUUUUUCCGGAAUUCAACUGCCCUCUGGUGGAAGAAGGAGAUUAAAGAACUCCACAGCAACUCACAGGAUCCUGCAAAGAGCUUGAAGUUUGAUGGCCUGUGGAUUGACAUGAAUGAACCUUCCAGCUUUGUGAAUGGGGCAGUUCCCUCUGGCUGCAGUGAUGCUACUCUGAACCGCCCUCCCUACAUGCCACAUUUGGAAGCCAGGGAUAGGGGCCUGAGCAGCAAGACCCUGUGCAUGGAGAGCGAGCACAUCCUUCCAGAUGGUUCCCGGGUACGGCACUAUGAUGUACACAACCUGUAUGGGUGGUCCCAGACCAGACCCACCUAUGAAGCUAUGCAGGAGGUGACAGGAGAGAGAGGGAUCGUCAUCACCCGCUCCACAUUCCCCUCUUCUGGACGCUGGGGAGGACACUGGCUGGGAGACAACACAGCUGCCUGGGACCAGCUGGGGAAAUCCAUCAUUGGCAUGAUGGAUUUCAGCCUCUUUGGCAUAUCCUAUACUGGGUCAGACAUCUGUGGGUUCUUUCAAGAUGCCGAAUAUGAGAUGUGUGUUCGCUGGAUGCAGCUGGGCGCCUUUUACCCCUUCUCCAGGAACCACAACACCAUCGGGACCAGGAGACAAGACCCCGUAUCCUGGAAUAAAACCUUUGAGGAUAUUUCCAGAAGCGUGCUGGAGACCAGAUACACCCUGUUGCCAUAUCUCUACACCUUGAUGUACAAGGCCCACACAGAGGGCAGCACAGUCGUGCGGCCUCUUCUCCAUGAGUUUGUGUCAGACCGGGAGACCUGGAAUAUAGACAAACAGUUCCUGCUGGGUCCAGCCUUCCUAGUCAGCCCUGUGCUAGAACCUAAUGCCACAACAGUUGCAGCAUAUUUUCCCAAAGCCCGCUGGUAUGACUACUACACGGGCAUAGAUAUCAAUGCAGGGGGAGAGUGGAAGACCUUGCAAGCCCCUCUUGAGUACAUUAAUCUUCAUGUUCGUGGAGGCUACAUUCUGCCAUGGCAGGAGCCUGCCAUGAACACCCAGUUAAGCCGGAAGAAGUCAAUGGGCCUCAAGGCUGCGUUGAAUGAUGAGGGACUUGCAGAAGGCUGGCUCUUCUGGGAUGAUGGAAAAAGCAUCAAUACCACCAAUCAGUACUACUUGGCCAGGUUUUCUGUCAGCCAGAAUACAUUGCAGACACAUGAAAUGUUUAACAACUACAUCACCGGCACAGUACCCUUGUAUCUAGGCUACAUUGAAAUCUGGGGAUUAUCCAGUCCUUCCAUUACCAGUGUGAGGAUCUCUGGGAAAAAUAUUAAUGAAGAAGUCUUAGUUGACUACAACACCACAACCCAGAUAUUACGUGUCAAUGUGACAGACAAAAAUAUCAGCCUGCAUACUUUCCAGUCACUGACGUGGAGCUAGCUCUUCAUAAUGUUUUAAAGCAAGAUACUAUGAACAGAUUUUAAACUACUUAUACUUCACAAUGAUAUAAUUGUUGUAUAUCAUCAAUUGUUUCAUUCCCAGUAUGACUAGGAUAUUUUAUGGUUUUAUUUUGUUAUUUUUUGUGUGUAUAUGACUCCCAAAGAUAAUAUCUCUAAUGUACCUGUGUAAUUAGUGUGGUAUAUAUGGUUCAUUCUAUGACAUUCAUUGAAA